AUGGUUGCCACUUUGUCAUGUCCAGCCUCUACCUACUUUGUAAGGUCUUGUUACAUGAGAGAAAACCAUGACCAACUUAAGCAGCAAGUGACCGGCAUCAGAACUAAUGGGAGUUUUAGGUCCCCAGUUAAAGUCGAGACACUAAGCCAAACAGUUUCAACUUCUACCACCACUCUUGGUCAAGCCGUUACAAUUGGUGAAAAUGGUCUGCGCCAAAACAUCCCAACAAAGAAGCAGUUGGUUGAUCCUCAUCGUCAAGGGCUCAUCAUUGAAGGUGGAGUUGGUUAUAGACAGACUGUUGUCAUUAGGUCCUAUGAAGUUGGAGCUGAUAAAACUGCCACACUUGAGAGCAUCCUCAAUCUUCUUCAGGAAACAGCAUUAAACCAUGUUUGGAUGUCUGGACUGCUCAGUGAUGGGUUUGGGGCUACACAUGGAAUGGUGAGGAACGAUCUCAUUUGGGUUGUCUCAAGAAUGCAAGUUCUGAUUGAUUACUAUCCCAUCUGGGGAGAGGUAGUUGAAAUUGACACAUGGGUUGGAGCAUCAGGCAAGAAUGGAAUGCGGCGGGACUGGCUGAUAAGAAGCAAAGCCACAGGCCACAUUUUUGGACGUGCAACAAGCACGUGGGUGAUGAUGAACCGCAAAACAAGGCGUCUCUCCAAAAUGCCAGAAGAGGUGAGAGCAGAAGUUGCACCUUGGUUUAUAGAGAAGCAAGCAAUAAAGGAAGAUACUCAUGAAAAAAUAGUCAAAUUGGAUAAAGAGGCAAAAUACAUGAAUUCAGAUUUGAAGCCCAAGAGAAGUGAUUUGGACAUGAACCAACAUGUUAAUAAUGUGAAGUAUGUAAGAUGGAUGUUAGAGACCAUCCCAGACCAAAUUCUGGAGGGGCAUCAAUUAUCUGGUAUCACACUAGAGUACAGAAGGGAGUGUGGAAGCUUAGAUAUAGUUCAAUCAUUAUGUGAACCUGAAGAUGAUGAAAUACUUGAUGGUGUGGUAGAACCAGAUUACUGCACAAAUCUUCUGAAUGGGUUAUCAGCAGAUAUUCUAAAUGGUGGUGGAGUGCUGACUUGCCUUGAGCAGAGCUCAUUGAGGUAUACACACCUUCUACAAAUCAAAGGAGAGAAACAAAACGACGAAAUUGUGAGAGGAAGGACUGCAUGGAAGAGGAAGAUUGUUACAAUACCAUUUUCCACUUAG